AUGUUUGAAAAUGCUGCAACAACCUUUGCUUCUCUUGCUGUUCUUGGCCUGGCAGGAUAUGCCUAUCAUAAAUACUACAAAUACUUGGUGCUCCAAAAGGUGCAACGAGCCUUCGAGCCUGGAGAUCCUGUGUUGGAGCUAGCUGCUGCUGGAAGGCAAGUCCCUUCCAUAGCAAUGGGUCGACCAGAUGACGCGGAACAUUGGAUUGUACGCGAGGAACAAAAAAAAAUCGACGCUAUCGUUAGUGGGACAUAUCGUGGUCAUUACCACCUAUUAAUAGGGGAGAAGGGAACCGGGAAAUCGUCUAUGCUUAUUGCUGCCAUGCAAAAAGUGGCUGGCGAUGGAGUCUCCAUGUUUGAAGCUCAUGCAGAUCUAGAAAUCUUUCGGAUACGACUGGGAAAGGCUCUCGACUUCGAAUUUCAUGAGGACUACAUAGGAUCGCUUUUUAGCAUUAGAGGUCCCAGGGACACUACUGCUUUGCUCGACAUUGAAAGAGCAUUCAACAAAUUGGAGAAAGUCGCGCUGCGAAGGCGCAAGAGGACUGGUCGGCCUCUUGUGCUGAUCAUAAAUAGUACUCAUCUACUAAGAAAUGACGAGGAUGGUCGUGACCUUCUCGAACUUAUUCAGCAAAGGGCAGAGCAAUGGGCUGCAAGCAACCUCGUUACUGUUGUCCUCAACAGUGACGACUACUGGGUAUACGAGCGCUUGAAGCAGUACGCUACUCGAAUGGAGGUACUCCCUAUCUUGGACUUACCAAAGUCUCAGGCUUUAACAGCAUUACGGGAGUAUCGCAGGAAAUACUUCAAGGAGCUCACGGAUUCAAGCAUUCUCGAGCAAGUGUAUUCUAAGGUUGGUGGCAGACUGACUUAUCUCAAUCGCGCUGCGAAAUCUCCCGAUAUGCUACGAACGUGUGAUGAGAUCUGUCAAGUGGAGAAAACAUGGUUCCUGAAUAAAUGCUGGAUCUUAGGUGCAGAGAUGGAUGACGAUGUCAUGGAUGAACAAAAAUACUCGUCUGCAGCCAUGGUUCUAGCUAAGGCUCUGGUCGACAAGGAAAAGACCAUGGGUCGCUCACAUGACGAAGAAAGGGGGAUCAUAUUACCGGAAAUUCCAUUGCAUGAAGCACGUCAAAUAAUGACCAGGGCCGAUUUCAUUGAAAGCUAUGACCAUAUUAAUAUUUUUACCAUUGACUCGAGAGCGAUGGUUAGAGCUGAUUCAGUACCAAUGCAGCGGGCGUUCCGAGAUAUCUGUUCCGAGGAGGACUUCGCCUAUCACCUUGAGGCAACGUUAGAUCGCAUUUCUGACAUCGAAAGUUUGGGCAGAACCCGAGAAAUAGUCCUCAAGGACCUCUUGGAUGGUGGUGGCUAUAACCUCACUGUGCGAGACGCGAAAGGGAACGUCAACAAAGUGGGUGUUUUCGAUGCGGCCAAGAAGGAUGAUAGCGCCUAG